AAAAAGAGGAUAGUUAUGGUUAUUGAUGUUUAUCAUUCUAUUAAUAUUUUAUAAUCAAAUAAACAAAUUUAAUUCAAUAUAGUACAUCUACAUUACUGCAUAUUUUAAAACUAAUUUUAGUGACUUUUCAAGGCACAACGAAAUUUUCAUUUAUCGUGCCUGUACAACUUUCGGUGUUUGUUUAUGGGAUGGCUUAAAAAAUUUGCCACAUAAAAUCAAAUACAACUCUUCAUAUUUUUCCCAGAUCAUCAUGCAACUAAGAGGUCUAAUUUUUAAAGAAUAGAAUAUAAAUUAAAAGCAUAAAUUAUGUUAUCACAAAGAGUCUUGAAGACUUCAAGCUUACACAAGAUAAUGCAAUCUUCAUUUUUACCAAUAUCUACAUCAUGUAUCUAUAAAAAAUUCAAAUAUGAUGAUCCAGUUAGUUCAGAUUUAAGUAAAGAUCCAACUGUAGGAGAGCCAAAAAGAAAGCUCAAAGAAUGGCGGAAAACUUUUAAGGGUAAAGAACCAAUGUUACCUAUAAACUCUGAGAAUUCUUUUUUUCAAAUGUUUAGAACAGAAAUAGAAUUUACUCCAUGGGGUUUAAAAAAGCAUUUGAAAAAAAAAAUUCAACAGAAACAGUUGGAAGUUCAAAAGUAUAAUCCAGAGAAGUAUGAACUUUUGGGUUUUGACUUGGCAUUAGCUUACUUCAUAAUUAGUAUCGGAGGCAAAGUGAAAUUCAAGGGCAGUGAUCAGUGGAUAUCUUUUAAUUUUGGUAAAAAAAGUAUUGAUUUACCAGACAAAUUUGAUUCCAAGUAUAUUAUUUCUGAAAUAGAUGCAAGUGAUUGUAUUAUACAUUAUGAAGGUUUAGAAAAUUUUAAAAACUGUCCUAGAGUGAUAUGGGCAAGUUUUGCUAGAUGUGAAGAAAUUGACGAUUGGUGUAUUGAUAGAAUUGCAAGUUAUUUGCCAUUCAUUGAAUAUCUUGAUCUAUCAGAUUGUUGCAAAGUAUCAGAAAGAGGACUGGAAGCUUUAUAUAAAACUAGCACGUUAAGAACUCUGAUUGUAACUAACCAUUACAAGUCUGCUGCUUUUGAACUGACAUGCAUGAUGCUAGAAGAUGUAGUUUCUGGUUUAAGAGUUGAUAUUAAAGAACCAAAAGAAAAAAUGAAGCCUCCAAUUAAUGAGGAAUAAUAAAAUUUGAUAUGUUGUAUUGUAAAAGAAACAGUGUUACAAAAAUAUAAAUUUAUUUAU